GUUUAGACCCGACUGGAGCAAAAGUUUUUUUUCUAGAAAGUGAGCUGCAGAGAUUUGUUCUACGAACUAUGAAUAUUCUCUAACGGCUUCACCUCGGCCGGAGCACACACAGCGUGACACUCUCCCAGCCGAGCGCGUGUUGGCUUUUUUCGUCUUUUGUGGCUGCGUCUGCAUAUUUUUUAUUUUUUUGUUGGAAAAGUCGGGUCCAGGACGACAACCCAGAUUCCAGUGUGGAGUAGAUAUGCGCUUUGUUACAUUCACAAGUAUGCCAGCAAGAAGCACCAGGGGAGCGCUGUCUUUCACUGCAGAUUUCGACAGCUAACACACUUUGGGACGAAAUCAAGCUUUCGACUGUUCGACUUUAGAAUGACUCGGGAUCACUGCUGCUGAGUGGCGUCGAGGUUUCCUGCUGCUGUGUGGAAGGGAGAAGGAAAAAAAAGUUUGGGAUUAGCUCAAACUUUUUUCUUUUUUUGUGAGUUGUGAACGCGACAUUUUCGGACACAUAAAGUUCGCGGACUGUUCCGGGACAAUGGAUCCGAGCCAGCAUAACCCUCCUGCCGGACACCAGAUCGUCCACGUCCGGGGCGACUCUGAGACCGACCUGGAGGCUCUGUUCAACGCCGUGAUGAACCCGAAGAACACUAUCGUGCCCCCUUCCGUACCCAUGAGGAUGAGGAAACUGCCAGACUCCUUCUUCAAACCCCCUGAACCAAAGUCCCAUUCUAGACAAGCCAGCACUGAUGCUGGGAGCGGCGGAGUACUCACCCCCCACCACGUCCGUGCACACUCGUCCCCGGCCUCCCUGCAGCUGGGAGCUGUUACGGGUCUGUCUGGGAUGCCCCCCCCUGGUGCUGCCCCUCAACAUCUGCGUCAGUCUUCCUACGAGAUUCCUGAUGAUGUGCCCCUGCCCCCCGGCUGGGAGAUGGCCAAAACCGCCUCGGGCCAGAGAUACUUCCUCAACCACAUCGAUCAGACCACCACUUGGCAGGAUCCUCGCAAGGCCCUGCUCCAGAUGAACCAGGCCCCCCCGCCCAGUUCGGUGCCAGUCCAGCAACAGAACAUUAUGAACCCAGCCAGUGGUCCUCUCCCUGAGGGCUGGGAACAAGCUAUUACAUCUGAGGGAGAAAUUUACUACAUCAACCACAAGAACAAGACCACGUCCUGGCUCGACCCACGACUCGACCCACGCUUUGCCCUGAACCAGCAGAGGAUCUCCCAGAGUGCUCCAGUGAAGCAGGGAGGGCAGCUCCCUCCCGGAAUCAUGGGAGGCAACAACCAGAUGAGGCUGCAGCAGAUCGAGAAGGAAAGGCUGCGGCUGAAGCAACAGGAGCUGCUUCGGCAGAGGCCACAGGAGCUCGCUAUAAGGAAUCAGCUGCCAACCAGCAUGGAUCAAGAUGGCAGCACAAACCCUGUGUCCUCCCCCAUGGCCCAGGAUGCCCGGACCAUGACCACCAACAGCUCUGACCCAUUCCUCAACAGCGGGACCUACCACUCCAGGGACGAGAGCACAGACAGCGGCUUGAGUAUGAGCAGCUACAGCGUCCCUCGCACUCCGGAUGACUUCCUCAACAGUGUGGACGAGAUGGACACAGGGGACUCUCUCCCACCCUCCAUGGCAACACAGCCCAGUCGUUUCCCCGACUACCUGGACGCCAUCCCGGGAACAGACGUGGACCUAGGCACCCUGGAGAGUGAGAGCAUGGCGGUGGAGGGCGAAGAGCUGAUGCCCAGUCUCCAGGAGGCCCUGAGCUCCGACAUCCUCAAUGACAUGGAGACAGUGCUGGCAGCUACCAAGAUUGACAAGGAGAGCUUCCUCACGUGGUUAUAGAAGAUCUGAGCAGGGCGCGCCGUACUCCUCACCACACUCUGCUCUACUCUGUGAAGGAGCCACAGAUGCUUUUAAACAAGACAUUUCAGCAAGCCUCUCUGGACUUCUGUUUCUGGCUCAGCGUGUAAGGCCAAGCUCUUCUGAGGCAGUGUUGUUCUUUUCUUUUUCUCUGGUGUGUUAUCUCUUUAUUUUGUCUGUGUCUUCAAGGCUGGCCCAUGAACAGACAAUUACACAAGGGUCCCCAAAUUUUUCACAGGUCUGUCCGUGAUUCUAGGGCAUCUUUCCCUAGAGCAGGGGUCGCUCCUUCCCCCUGGUCUCCCCUCAUAGCUGAGCUCAGCUAGUGCAUGCACUCGCCCGCAAGGGCUGCCAUCAGCAGACAUCACCCGGAGGCUCUGGUGCCUGUUUUUCUUGCAACAUAGCAUAAAGCAGCUCCACAUAACUGCAUUUGGGACUAAUGCAUCUAGCUUAAUAAGCUUUAUAUGGCCUUGUAUGUUUUUAUUCUUCUUUUUUUGUGUUUUCAACGAGCCUGUCCAACCAAAAAUGAUGUAUUUGAAGCAUAAAGAACAAUACUGAUUUGGAGUAAAGGUAACGUGAGGCCCGGUUUGAACGCGUUAGCUUUGCUGGGUGAGUGGGUGGGGUGGGUGGGGGGGUAAGGGUGGAGCCUGGGGACCGAUUACAUUGCUGCUUGGCUGUGCCAGCAAGUCUAAGUUAAACCUUUGAUAGAUCAAGUGCCUUCGGUUGUAUUUUGUGAGACGCAACUCGAACAAUUAUAAAGUUUCUGUAACGCAGCAAUAAGCAUUAGGCUGUAUUCAUUUACAUCAGCCACACUUUCCUCAAUCUAUUUUUCAAUACUCAAAAUUGUAUUUUUGUUUCAUAAACACAUUAUGAGGGGAUUUAGGGAUUUCUGUUUAGUUUUUUUUUAAACCCUAAGUAUUUCAGUCUUAUCGAAGCCUAAUUCAUGAUUCAUCCUUUGUUUUAUCUUUAAUAGUAUUCUUUUAUUUUUUAGGUUAGUACAUAUCUAUGAUAGCUUAGAUCAAAUGGCAUUUUGCCUAUUGUUUUUAAUGCAUUUUUAACCGGGUCGACUGUUAUCACAGCACAACGCUUCACAAAUGAUGAAGUCUGCCAAGACAGAACGCUUCAGUUAGGCCUUUUUAACCAUUUAGCUGAUUUUCUUCUUGUCUCUGUGAUUUACUAUAUACAUAUUAGUGUUAUUGUCUAUUUGUUGAUCACAUGCAGCUUUGACUAUAUUUCCUAAACAUGAACCAAAAAGGCAGAUCUUUUGGCUAAACAGAAACCACAGCUCUUCUAUCAAUUCAGUCUUGUGUUUGUCUUCCGAAGGAGGGAGCGGAACCCCUCUGUGCGACGCUGUGUGUUGAGGUGAGGGGUUUAGAGACUACAGCUGGGACAGGUUGAGGCAGGUUUUAAGAGUCACGUCAAGGCCAGGGUUUGACUGACAGCGGUGAGUUACACAGAUUGUUGAAUUUUUGUGUGUGUGAAGUAAUUAAGAAACAAUCAGUUAUUAUCUCAAGUCCGGAAUUGUUGUGGCAGAUUCCAAAGAUGUUUUUGUAAUGACGCUAACACUUAUUAUUUUCGCUUCCAUUUUCCCAGAGUCCAGCACGGUUUGAUUUGUCAGUCAGCCUCUGUAUGAACACACUGUAUAAGCUAAUGAGAAAAUGGUGUAGGUUUAAAGUGUUAUUGGACAUGUCUGAAUAGGUCUAGCUGAGAGAUUCUUUUUUAUUUUUUAGACGAGAUGGUUGUUUAUGAGUGACUAACCCUGAGAUUUUAAGGAUGAGGUUUCAGAACAGAGAAGCGAGCGAUUCCCAUGUUUACAUUAUCUCGGAGUAUAAAACUGCUGAGCGCCACAGUGGAGACAACACAUUGGCCAUUCUCUCAUAAUCCCAUUAUUUUCAUGUUUACACCAUGACUGCAGGAACUGCAUGCCCUUGCAUGGUGUCACCCUGACUCUGUUGCCAAACAAUACUUCAUUGGUAGCAUUAAUAACUUGAUGGAACAAUGAUUUUCUUUUUGUAGAUCAGAGAUCAUGAACAUUUUUUUUUAUUCUGUGUGGAAAAACCUGUUUUUAGUUUUGAUUUUAUUGAUCAUUUAAAUCAUGUGUUGAUGGAUUUACGGUGGAUAAACAGUGUUGGUGAGAACAAUGCAACUAAAACGAGUGGUACACUACAGUGCUUGUAUUGCACAGCUACAGAGUUUUCAUUUUGAUGCUAUGACGCAUUUUGUCACACAAACCUGAUUUUAUGCUUACUUAGUGUGUAACUGUCAGAGCGUAUUAGCUACUGACCGUCAUUGUAACAGUAGAACUAAUCACACAAGUUAAAGGAUUUUUGUAUUUAGAUUUUUCUAAAUGCACAUGAAAUGAAUUUAUAUUCAGUAAUGAUCUGUUCAUUUUUUUUUGAUAGGUAUGUGCAUGUGUUUUAGAACAAUAAAUUCUGUUACAUUAUAUCUUGCUUCAUAUGAUACUUUGAAAUUGGCCUGAAAUAAAGCAUAUACUUUGUGGUAA